UCUCGACGGGUCAUGGACGCGGCCGCCAGCGGAUCGGUGGGGGCGGAUCUGUCGUCUGGCGCGGACGGACCGGCGGCUCCAGUCUCGGUAGGAGCGCACCGAGCGCGGACGCGUUGAUGUGGCGACACGCACCAUGGCGAACAGCAGCAGCGGCGGGUUCCGGGAGAGCAUCCCGUCCUUGCAGAACCUGGCGCCCGCGGCCUCGGCGGUGAAGCUGGCCUCGCUGGCUCUGAUCACGGGCGUCAGCCUGCUGGGGAACGUGCUGCUGUCCGUGCUGCUGCUGAGAGACCGCUCCCUCCGCAAGCCUCCCUACUUCUUCCUGCUGGACCUGUGCGCGGCCGACGCGCUGCGCGCAACCGUCUGCUUCCCGUUUGUGAUGGCGUCCGUCGGCGGCGGCUCGGCGUGGCCCCUCGGCUCCCUGGGCUGCAGGCUGGUGGCCUUCGUGUCGGUGCUGCUGAGCUUCCACGGCGCCUUCCUGCUGCUGUGCGUCAGCGUGUCCCGCUACAUGGCCAUCGCCCACCACCGCUUCUACUCCAAGAGGAUGAGCGCGUGCACGUGCGCGGCGGUCAUCUGCGUGGCGUGGACUCUCUCCGCGGCGAUGGCUUUCCCGCCCGUCUUCGACGUGGGCACCUACAAGUUCAUCGCGGAGGAGGAGCAGUGCAUCUUCGAGCACCGCUUCAUCAAGUCCAACGACACGCUGGGCUUCAUGCUGAUGCUGGUGGUCGUGGUGGGCGCCACCCACGUGGUCUACAUCAAGAUGCUGUGUUUUGUUUACGAUCACCGCAAAAUGAAGCCGGCGCAGCUGGUUCCUGCUGUCAGCCAAAACUGGACCUUCCACGGACCCGGGGCCACGGGACAAGCCGCGGCGAACUGGAUCGCUGGCUUCGGGCGAGGGCCCACCCCGCCGACCCUGGUGGGCAUCAGACAGGCCGCGCACCCCGGCAACCGCAGGCUGCUGGUGCUGGAUGAGUUUAAAAUGGAGAAGCGGAUCGGCAAGAUGUUCUACAUGAUCACGCUGAGCUUCCUGCUGCUCUGGGCCCCGUAUAUAAUCGCCUGCUACCUGAGGAUAUUCGUGCGCGGGGCCCCGGUCCCGCAGCUCUACCUGACCGCAGCGGUGUGGAUGAGUUUCGUCCAAGCGGGAGUGAACCCCAUCAUCAGUUUCCUUUUCAACAAGGAGCUGAGGCGGCGCCUGAGAGCCGGUUUCCCCUGCUGCCCCGGGACACAGACUCCCAUGGAGCCGUACUGUGUCAUUUAGCGCCACACACUGCCAGGAAAUCUCAUGUUAGAAUGUACACUAACUUGCACAUACCAUGUGUGUCGACCCAAAAAUACUAUUCAUACCAGACUGGCAUAUUCAAAAUAGUUUCUACGAAAGGACGUUGAGUGUCAUCGGAGGUUGUCACUCUUUGUUGAGGUGUCAGUGGCUGCGUUCACAUGGAAACCUAUAUGUAACCUAUAUAUAACCUAUUUUUUUUCACAUCAGAUAACACUUACUAUGACCGCACAUGUGUUAAACACAAGGCCCACGGGCCAAAUCCCGGCCACCAGGCCCUUUUAAGUGGCCCGCAAAUUUAACUAUGCAAAGUGGAUGCCACUUAAAUUCAGUGCUGAUUUACAGUGAACCAAAAAUGCCAUUCGACAGUCAGUUUUUCAAAUAUCAACAAAUAAUCUUCAACAUCAUUGUAAUAGAAGAUUGUUUUGAAUGAAACAGAGCAGAUGGUAAACUACAGAUUAAGCUAAAAUUUAGCAUUACAGCGGUCAAAGCUGAUGUGUAAUGUAGAAAAAAGAAAGAGUGAAUAGUGGCAGGUGCGGGUGAAAACACACUGCGAAUCGUAGCAGAGGCUGCACGGUCCAAGUUCACGGUCCUGCCGCAAAAAGUUCCAUGCCCCACUUUAGGUCACACUGAAGAGUUUUCUUUUUACCGCAUGCCAUCAUCUCUAAAUAUUUUCUAGCUAUAGCCUCUUGAAAUGGUGAAAUGAAGGUUUAAACCAACCCAAAGGGUUCAUGGAAAACCGCGUUAUAGUAGCUCCAGACUGCAUUUUAAGUUCUGAUCCAUCAUCAAGGUCUCACUCGACCCGAAAGUACUUCACACAUUUCGAGCUUUUCAAGCGUAUGUCUCGCCAGUCUCUAUUAUACCUGAGAAAAGAAGUGAGAUGUGAAGUUGAGCUUGAGUUGUUUUAGCCUGUCCAUGUGCAGCGUCCGUGUUUCUGGUGUUUUCUGAGAGGAGUGCUGUAGGCGUGUACAUGACGCACUUGACAAGCCCAUGUGUGAAAAGUGGCACCAUGUCAAACAAAAUAGACCCGGAAACAAACAGCAGCGAUUACAGUGCAGUCGAAAUCCUUCUUAGACUAAUGUACAUUAACACCAUUAUAUAGGAUUAAUGUUCUGCGUGAGCGAUGACAGUAAUCCCUCCUCCAACAUAUGGUGGAUGGCUGGGGCACGAUGGACGCACAGACGUUCAUGAAUAUGAAUGGCAAUACAUAUAUUCACUUUUAUGUCCAGUUAUUUUCCUACCAGUUCAUUGAUGACCACACACACAUCCCCCACAGCAAAAACACUACAUUUGUUUUUUGUCUCGAUGCGCACAACACCAUGAGAAUGACACCAUAUGGUGUCACAGUUUCUUAUGCUUGUUGCUAAUGUAUAUUCUGGCCACUUCUUUCAAGUAGCUCACCUCAAUACGAGAGACACACCACAAAUAUCCACCUCUAAUAUGUGAAAGUCUGAUGAUAAAAUCAAGCUGCUGUGCUUGUAACUCGUUGGAAAGCUACAUAAAACAACAGGAAUCUUUUAAUAAGUGUUACGAACAUAUGGUGAAACAUAUGGUGGACCAAUUUAACCCUGGGAGUGGGUCAAUUAUUUAUUUCCUUCAUGAGUAAACUGGACGUAGAAGGAGAAACGGUUUGAUUCCCAGGUUGUUACUGUCCAUGUGAGCGCAGCCGCGGACCUGUUUUUCACUCUGCAUGUCGGUAUAUUUACUCCAAAUCUGUGGCUCAUUUAUGUUCCUCAAUAUUCUGAAAUGCCAUGGACGUUUGUGGGUGGAAACCUUUUGACAGUCAAUGUUGGUCUGACAUUUGUGUAUUUAAGAAACAUCUGUUUAGUAUCGCUUUACUUCUCUUUAUCAUGGCGACUAUAUUGCAGUGGUGUUUUAAAGGUUGGAUGACUGAAACGCACUUGAAUCCCACAAACAACACAGGUACUUUUCAACAUUUUUCACUUUUUAUGAUUGUUGAUUACAGAGCUGUGUUAGCUGAUGCAUUCACUUUAAGAACUAUUUUGCUAAUGCUAUCAGUCGUGGUGAAGAGAGGAACAGUUUGCGAUCUUGUCCAGGAGUGCUGGACAUGUGGGGAAUUUGGGAACCAGUCGUCUUGGAUUGUUUAUAUUUCUAAGCAAAUAAAUGAGAAAUGGAUGACGAGUUUUUUUGGUUUAGAUUUUUGUCUUCUAUAAUGUAAUGUAUUUUGUUAAAUAACAUUUUUCCCUUUAUGUCUGAAUGUCAUAUCUGCAGAUAUAUUAUGAUUCGCAACACAACCUACAUUUUUUCAUCGUAUCGGACAAUACUUUUUAUAUUAGAUUUCUCAUGGAAAAAUGUGUUUGAAGAAUCGUUCAAGUCACCAUUCAUCUUCCACCCAAUUUCCAAGGUCAGGUUGCAGAAGCAGCCUCCGGCACAAAGAAGCCCAGACUCCCCACCAUUCCCUCCACCAUGACCUGUUUCUGUCCUGAGGAGCAAAGAUGCUCUUGCCUCCGCAACUUUCUUCUUUCAAUGUGGAAGAGUGGUGGUUCUUCAGCUCUAUAAGAUUCCAACCACCCUGUGAAGAAAACUCAACCACUUGAGCCUCCAUCUUGUUUUGU